UUUACCUUAACAAUAUUAUCACUCUCUCGUACCUGUUCUGACCUGGAAAAAGACGGAUCGAGUCGGUGAAGCUAUUUUAUUCGACAUUGUUUCAGCACUGUGACGUUUUAUUAACAAGGUAAAUUGACAGCUACCUAUUGAUUGCUAUAGACUUUAUGAUAAACUAGACUUAAACAUGAUCUUGGGAUGUGAUAUGGCACGGCUUUAAAUUUCACAGUCUGGAUCCGAAGAGGCUUCGGUCUUUGAAGUCAUGCUGAAAAUUUUGAUGUCUUAAAUUGUGGUAUAGAUGUUUUGUCACACGGGAAUAUUUAUAUGACCAUAGGUUCCAGAUGUUACAAAAUGGCAGCCAACUACAUGUGCCUUAACAUGCAAGUGGUACAAUUAUUUAUAUUGUAAAAUAUCCAGUUGCGACUUAACUUUUGUUCAAUCACGUGAACAUAUUGGCAACAUCUGUUUUGCUGACAAUUUAAUUAAGAUGAGGUUAUGGACGCGAAGAAUCUAAGAAUCUCCAUACAAUGAUAAGUUACUACAACAACACCACCACAAUGGCCGUACCCAUCUACCAAUCAGACGGCUCAAUUAUAGGCCUUGACAUGGAGCGACUGACAGUCCAAAUCGUAUUAGAGCUAUUAACUCUCGGAAUACUGUGGUUACUUUCUGUGAUAGGAAACAUCCUUGUAUGUGUUGUGAUAUACCGUAGCAGACGGAUGCAAUCAACGACAAACUAUUUCGUCGUUUCUUUAGCCGGAGCCGACCUUGCUAUCGCCUUUGUUUGUGUGCCUUUUAUAGCGUCUCGUGUCUCGACUAAUAAUUGGAUGGUUGGUCAACUAGUUUGUAAGCUCGUCCGAUUUUUUCAGUAUUUAGUGCCUUGCAUAAAUAUGUAUGUCCUCGUCGCCAUCUGCAUCGAUAGAUUCUAUACAAUUAUAUAUCCACUCAGCUUUAAAGUGACACGGGGAACAGCUAAACGUCUCAUUGCUUUUAGUUGGGUUUUUGCUUCCGUUUUAUGUUUUUUUAAUUUUUACUUCUUUGACGUACUUCCAUCACCGACGCGUAGUGAUACAGGUAUUUGUCCCACGUAUAUACCAGUAAGUGAUUGGCCUGGAAUAGUGUACACCUUGUGUGUAGUGAUAUUUCAGUAUUUCACGCCUCUAGUGAUCUUAGCUGUCGGUUAUACUCGAGUCUUUAAAUAUAUUUGGAAAGCUGGAUGGGGACCACGGCCCAUUCAGAGAACUAUGAAUGCUGUGCCGAGGACUAAAGUCAAAAUGGUGAAAAUGUUGAUCGUUGUGACGUACUCUUCCGUUCUUUGUUACGCGCCAUUUUAUGUUGUUCAGUUGUGGUUCUGUUUCGACCCACACUCUUUGUACGACCCAACAGUAUUCAUAUUUACAGCCUGGUUAGUUCUAAGUACAGGAGUUGCUAAACCGUUUAUUUAUCUGUGUUACAAUUCGAACUUCAGAAGAGGAUGCAAAGAAGUGUUCUGUAUGUCUACCAUGAAGUGCUACCGUAGUAAUACUUACGCUAUCACAAACGCUAGCCUUAUUAGUAAAAAGAACCACGUUGGUAUCAUGGAUGCUGGAAUAACAGAUCUGGGUACCAGGUCGCCCGAUUCCCCAACUCGGGCUUUUAAUCGUGCUCCUCUAGUCGAAAAAAGUGCCUGGCCGUUGUCUGGAACCAUGCCUUCAACAUAUCUUUAAUGAAAUUUAGACAAUAGUAAUGCUUACAAUUCAUAUACAUGUAUUUAGAAUAAGGCACCGUCGCAAAAUUUCAACACUACACCCAAUCGAAUAACCCACGGAAAUUGGUGCGUGGGUUGAACCCACCGAGGGUAUGAAAUGAAGAAUUAAAUGUCGGUUAUUUAAUAUUGAAUAUGAAUGAAAAUAUGUAAACAUUUUCUCACUGCGUCGGCGCGGAUGGGCAGGUGGGUGGGUGAAUCGUGACCUAUCCAUGGGAUAUUCGUUUGGACUCAAGUGUUCACAUUUUUGCGAUGGCUCCUAACAGAGUUGGGUUUAUAUCUGUUCUUGGUUAAAUAUGUUCCUGCUAUCAAUGAUGCUUUUAAAAUAUUGUAUUUGAUACGAAUGCAAAUCUUGUUCUAAGUGAUUUUAUCAAGCCCCUAUCAAGGGGUGGUUGCAAACAUGCCACGCGCAAAGCAGAUCAAUGAGUCCAAUUCAAUCGUACUGACGAAAACGACAUUUAAUUAUUUCUACUUAUAUAACAAUAGACGAAUUAUUUAUAUCGGCUCACCCAAUUCCUUAGCCUUAUUUGUAUUUCGAUUUAUGUUAUACCCUUUGGUCUAGAAUCGAAAUAUAUUUGCAUAUACACAUCAUGGUUUUGGUGAACAUUACUGACGUCACAUUCUAUAGCUUACUUCGACCUGCCAAAAUAAAUAAAAUC